AUGGCAAUCAAGAAAAAGUCCGGAAUUAGAGCCAAACUGGCCAAGAGAGCCACAAUUUCGAGCAAAAUCGCCGAAUUCAAGCAAGAGCAAGUCCAUGAAAAUGAAUUCCAAGGCAACCCUUUGUUGAAGUUGCUGACUACCACGAAGAAGGAGAAACAGUUGGCCAAAUCUACACAAUUUAACGAGAAAAUCCUUUCUAAAGUAACCUUCAAUAUGAGUGGAGGAGUGUCCAAAUCUGCCCUUCGAAGACGUAAGAGAAAGGAGAGAGAGCAGUUGAAGCCGAAGAUGGACGACUUGUUGCUGAGUCUUCCAGAGACGGUGAACGUGGUCGAGUCCAAGCAGAAAAAGAAGGAGGUGAAAUACGUUGCCGACAACAAGAAGCCCACCAACCAACCCAACCCCCAGAAGCAUACUGGUCACACUAAGCUUCUAGAAGCUGAAAACAAGAGGUUCAACCAGGUGCUCAACAACAGUCAAUUUAAGAAGACGCCUUUUGCGUUGCUACAACAGGCGAUCAAUCAGAACAUGGGGAAUUAG